AUGAACCAGAACACCAGGCUCCCUGACGUCUUCAACCCCAGCUAUGAGGAUCCCACCGAGCCAUCCUGGGCUAGUAGGCCCUCCUCUGGGUACGACCCGGUUGCCAAAUUCUUCAACUUCCUGCCUCCCGUGCUGGAAAGGCCUGAGUACCUCAACAUGGCCCGCAGUACCCUCCCUCGCGCCGUCUGCGAGCGCAUGGACAACCCAGACUACCAGGAGGACUUCCUGCCUCAGGCCACGCCCACCAGUAGUCACUUCCUGCCUGCGGCAGAGAACCUGGAGUACCUCGGGUUGAGCGCUGCUGUACAUGCCCCUGUACGCUACGGGUCUCCUCCCACAGAACACAGGGACAGUGAAGGACUAUGGGUACUAAAGGAACUUGGAUGGAGACGAUGUGGGACAUCAGGGAAGGGUUUGGAGGGAUUAUAG